AUGGAAGGAGCUGCGAGGAGCAGACUCCUAUUGUGUUGGACACUCCUUGCCAUCAUCACAGAUACUUGGCCCAUUGCCGAGGGUUUUGUCAACUCGCCAAAAAUUAUAAGCAAAGAUGGCAAUUUGAUUUUUGAAUCCGGUGCAAAUCGCAAUAUAAGCUUUCGAUUGAGCGGAAAUUCGCGGCUUACCAUCAACGAGGAAUUGGAUGUUAUGGAGCUCUUGCUGGCCACCAGUGGCUCCAAAAAGCGUUCCGGUGGCAAGGAUGAUGAUUUCGUAGAUGCGCGCGAGCUGGCGGAUCAGUUGGCUGAUUUCAAUAGGCGCGCCUUUGGAGCGAAUGGCUUGAGUGCAAUGCUGCGAGUGCAGCAAAAUAGGACCCGAGGAUCGAUGGCUCUGUUGCGGCGUUUUCAGACACGACUCAGAGCGCUGGAGAAUCGGGUGGAUCGAAUGAAGACCGAUUUGGAGGCAAACAGCUGUGCAAGUGGACCCUGCGAGAAUGGAGGCACCUGCUACAACACAUACACCGGAUUCCGUUGCCAAUGUCGAUCGGCAUUCGAGGGUACCAAGUGCGAGAUGGAUGUCAACGAGUGCGCACUGUACGAGGGCACCGAUCUGGGUUGCCAAAAUGGUGGACAAUGCCAGAAUCAUUUCGGCACAUACAGUUGCCUUUGCCAGCCGGGUUGGCAUGGGAUGCACUGCACCCAGCGCAAGGCGGAUUGCUCACAGUCCAGUGCAUGGGAGCUGUGUGGCCAUGGAUCUUGUGUGCCCAGUGCAGACGAUGCCGGCUAUCGAUGCAUCUGCGAACCGGGUUGGAAGACGAAUGGCUUGACACCCAUUUGUGGCGAGGAUGUGGACGAAUGCAGCGAUUCGGCCGCCCACAAGCCCUGCUCCACCAGCUGCAUUAAUCUGCCUGGCAGCUUCACCUGUGCUCCCUGUCCAGCCGGCUUGACCGGGAAUGGGGUCAGUUGCCGGGACUUGGACGAAUGCCAGACGAACAACGGUGGAUGCAGUCUUAGUCCCAAGGUAGAUUGCAUAAAUACCUAUGGUUCAUAUCAUUGCGGCGAGUGUCCCGUUGGCUGGACCGGCGAUGGGCGGAAGUGCGAGAGAAGCCCCCAGGACAUUGACAUCCCAGCUGGACAGACGCCAAGAACUUGUCCGGCGGGCAACAAUCCCUGCUAUCCGACGGCGAGCUGCUUUUUGAUCUCCGGCACCACAUCCUGCAGAUGUCCAAUGGGCAUGGUGGGAACAGGAUACGGUCCGAAUGGCUGUGUCAAUGGCACGACCACAAACUGCAAGGAAAAUCCCUGCCUGAAUGGUGGCAUUUGCCUGUUCGCCGGACCCUCGAAUUAUACCUGCCUGUGUCCAAUUGGCUUCCGUCCGCCCAUCUGUGAGCCACAGCCGAGUCCUUGCGAUCAGCAUCCAUGCAAGAAUGGAGGACGUUGCCGUCCCACCACCAGUGGGGAUCUAUUCGUCUGCCAGUGUUUACCUGGCUACCGGGGACGACUUUGCGAGACGCGCUUCAGCAGCUGCAAUGGAAUGCUGAGUGCCCAGAGUGGCAGGCUUAGGUAUCCGCCGGAGGGCACUGGAUACGAGCACAAUGCCCAGUGCGCUUGGGUUAUUCGCACCAACGAAUCGCUGGUGGUAAAUGUCACGUUCAAUAGCUUCGAUGUGGAGGAUUCCACGGAAUGCCGCUUCGAUUGGCUGCAGAUCAACGAUGGCCGUUCGGCGGCUGCCCAGAUAAUUGGACGCUAUUGUGGUAACCAUUUACCGCAUGGCGGGAAUAUCGUAUCAUCCGGCAAUCAACUCUAUCUAUGGUUCCGAUCCGAUAACUCGACGGCUAAAGAGGGAUUCGAUCUCACAUGGAACUCGAUGGAGCCGCAGUGUGGCGGUCGCUUGAAUUUCGAGACACAUGGCACACUUGCGUCGCCGGGAUCGCCCGGAAAUUAUCCGAAGAAUCGGGACUGCCGGUGGCAACUGGUGGCGCCCACCACCAAACGCAUCAAGCUGACCUUCUUCAGUUUGCAGCUGGAGCAGCACGCAAAUUGCAAUUUCGAUUAUGUCCUGAUCAAGGACAGCAUUUCCGGACGUGAGCUGGCCAAAUAUUGCACCACGGGAGCGCCAGCACCGCUGCUCUUGCCCACCCACCUGGCCGAGAUCCACUUCCAUUCGGAUGCCGAGGGCAGCGAUACUGGCUUCCAGCUGCACUAUUCCGUGGAGGAGCGUGUGCCCGGCUGCGGUGGUGUCUACACCGCCAAGGAGGGCACCAUUUCUGAAUCAUCCACAGCCAAUACCGAACCAGGUGGUGUCUCCUGCGAAUACGAAAUCCAUUUGGCCGUGGGCGAGCAGGUUGUCAUUCAGUUUGCGCGUCUGGAGCUGGAUCCACUUGACUGCCUGGAGGUGCUGGAUAUCACGGACGAGGGUGGUAGCAUUUUGCAGGAGAAGAUUUGCGGAUCGGAUGCGUCGCGUUUGAAUCCUCCUACCUUCACUUCGGAAUUCAAUCGGCUGAAGAUUAAGUUUUAUGCCCGUGCCGGCAGCUUCCAGUUGAACUACCGGAUGGCCUGCGAUUAUAAACUGAAUAAUGAGCAGGGCACCAUUACCUCACCCGGUUAUCCCAAUCUAACAAGAUCGGAUCGUAUCUGCACCUAUACGAUUAGUACGGCCACCAAUACGGUGAUUAGUCUGAAGAGGAUCGACUUUCAGUUGACCAAUGGCGAGAGCGACGAUGAUGAUAACGAUGAAUGUCUGACAACCAACUUGAGAAUCAACGAUGGAUUAAACCGAAAGAUCCUGGGCCCCUAUUGCGGCAAGAAUCAGCCGGAGGAGAACUUUGUCAGCGAAACCAACUACCUGCAGUUGCACCUGUCCACCGAUGUGGACAGCAUGGGGCGUGGCUUUAAGUUCGAGUAUCGAGCCCUGGCCACCGGCAACGAUAAGUGCGGUGGCGUUCAUACCCGUUCCGGCGAUCAUAUCCGCUUGCCGGUGCACGACGACUCAUAUGCCGGCGAAGCCACCUGUUACUGGGUGAUAAUGGCGCCGGCAAACAAGGCCAUCCGCCUCCACUGGAACAGCUUCAGUUUGGAAAAUGCGGUGGACUGCAUCUAUGACUAUUUGGAGAUCUAUGAUAGUCUGGGUGCCCAGGUAAAUGACGAGAGGAGCAAGCCGUUGGCCAAAUACUGUGGUAAUAGUGUGCCAGAGGAUCUGCUCAGCCAUUCGCGUCAGCUUGUCCUCAAGUUCGUGUCGGACUACAGCGAAUCGGAUGGAGGCUUUGAUUUAACCUACACCUUCGAGGAUCGAGCCAAGUGCGGCGGUCACAUUCAUGCGUCCAGCGGUGAGCUAACCUCACCGGAAUAUCCGGCCAACUAUUCGGCCGGCUUGGACUGCGAUUGGCAUCUGACCGGUACGAUUGAUCAUCUGCUGGAGAUUCAGGUGGAGAACUUUGAACUGGAGCAAUCGCCGAACUGUUCAGCCGAUUAUCUGGAAGUGAGAAAUGGAGGCGGCACUGAUUCCCCACUGAUUGGGCGCUUCUGCGGACGGGAUAUACCCGCUCGGAUACCAGGCUUUAGCCACGAGAUGAGGUUGAUCCUUCAUACGGAUUCGGCGAUCAAUGGUCGUGGAUUCCGGCUGCGCUGGCGAAUCUUUGCCUUCGGAUGCGGCGGAAGUUUGCGUUCGAAUAUGGGCGCCAUUUCGUCGCCCAGAUAUCCGAACUCGUAUCCCAACAUGGCGCACUGUGAGUGGCGAAUUAGCUUGCAUCCGGGAUCGGGUAUUUCGCUUCUCAUCGAGGACUUGGAACUGGAGGGUUUGAGCAAUUGUUACUACGACAGCGUGAAGAUCUACACGGGCAUUAAGCUGCCCAAUCAGAGCCCCUGCAAAGUACUCUGCAAGGACGAUGAUCUGCAUAAUCCGCUCAUUCAGCUGGAGAACAAUAAGGGCACCAUUGUCUUCGAUUCUGAUGCGUCCAACACAUUCCGUGGCUUUCGAAUAUCCUACAAGGCGAAUUGCAUUCGAAACCUUACGGCCACGACGGGAACCAUUGAGAGUCUGAACUACAUGGAACCAUUCUGGGAGACCAUACCCAUCAAUUGUAGUUGGACUAUUCGUGCGCCCAAGGGCAAUCGCGUUCUAGUGGAAGUCUCACAUUUGGCACGGCACGAACAGCACGUCCCGACUGCCACCAUGCCCGGCGGAUUGUACAUUGUGGACGGCAGGAAUGUCCAGGAAAUAGUCACACCACAAGCGAUGAACAUCAGCGGCGAAGUGCUGACCGUCGUCCACAAUGCCAGCAAUGUGAACUUUCAGCUGGACUAUCGCAUCGAUGGCUGCAUGGAGGAGCUGCGCGGCACGUUCGGAUUCUUUCAAUCGCCCAAUUAUCCAAAAAUGUAUCCGAACAACCUGGAGUGCUAUUGGCUGAUCACCGUCGAGCAGGAUAGCGCCAUCGAGCUUACGAUCAACAACAUAGAUCUCGAGGACAGUCCCAAUUGUACCAAGGAUGCGCUGACGGUUUCCAAUCAUAAGAAUUCGGUGGAAGUCCACGAACGACAUUGCGGUUCCACGACCAAAUUGGUGAUCACCAGUUCGGGUCACAGGCUGCACGUGCGUUUCAUCUCGGACAAUUCGCACAAUGGACUCGGUUUUGAAGCCACCUAUAGAACUGUGAAAGCAACUUGUGGUGGCAAAUUGACGGCGCGAAACGGAGUGAUCGAAUCGCCAAAUUAUCCGCUCAAUUAUCCAGCUCACAGUCGAUGCGAGUGGCAGGUGGAGGUCUCCCAGCACCACCAGAUCGUUUUCGAGAUGGCGGAUCUUAAUCUUGAGUCGGGCUACGACUGCAACUGGGAUUAUCUGGAGGCCUACGAUCUGACGGAGGACGACACGGAGGGUGAAAGAUUGUUCAAGGUCUGCGGCGACGAGACGGAAGAUGACAAGCUGCUUUCUUCCUCAUCCAAUAUGGCUGUGGUGCGAUUUAUCAGCGAUGAUUCCGUUUCGAAAAAGGGCUUCCGGCUGCACUUCCACGAGUCCUGUGGCCAAACGAUAAUCGUUGAUGAAACAAUGUUUGAUUACAUCCAAAUGUCCAGGCAGGCGGCCCGAAACGAGAGCUGCUUAUGGGUAUUCCAAGCCGUGGAGCCCAACAAACGCAUCAUCUUUACGCCCACCCAUGUGAAGCUGCGCGAGGAUGCCAACCAGCAAUAUCCCACGGAGGGUGAUUGCCUCAAUGUGGGAGUUAAGAUCUACGAGGGUACAGAGCCGCAGGGAACACCGCGUCUCAAGUUCUGUCGCUCGCAUCCGCCGGCCUUGAUUUCCAAUGGCCAGGCUCUGACCGUCAGUGUGCCGCUCCAGCUGGUGGAGGAGUUCCAAGGACACUACAUGACCAUGGACACGUCCUGCGGCAGUAUUUACAAUGCUCUGUCCGGAAAGUUCACUUCACCCUAUUACCCCGCCUCGUAUCCGCCAAACAUUGAAUGCCUGUGGCUGCUGGAAGCCAGCAUGGGUAACUCCCUCAGUCUCACGCUGGAGUCGAUGGACUUGGAGAAGUCAGAGAGUUGCAAUCGGGAUUAUCUGGAAGUGCGCGAGGAAUCGGAGAGCGGCCAACUGAUCGGCGUUUACUGUGGCAACGAAGUGCCCGGCGUGAUUCACUCGCGCGGUGCCAUCUGGAUGAAGUUCAAGAGUGACGACGACAAUGUGGGCGAGGGAUUCAUGGCCUCCUAUAACUACGAGCACCACAACGAGCUGAAUGGCACUGAAGGCACCAUUGAAUCGCCGCACUUUCCAAGCAAAUUCCAGGAUCCGGUGCCGUACAGCUGGCGCAUUACGGUGGACAAGGAGUACGUGGUGGCGAUAUCCCUGCUCUAUCUGAGGGAUCUGGACCAACCGCAUUUAAAUUUCUACGACGGCUAUUCGGACAUUGGAGCUCGUAUCGAGGUGACUGAUCCCGACGAAACCAUCAUCUCCAGCACGAAUGUGGUUUACUUCACGAGCAAUCGAGGUCCUUUCAAGUUAAAUUGGAAUCGAUUAUCCAAGGAGGCGCUACGUUCGAAUCGUACGGCAGAGGAGCGGACACGCCAGUGUGGCAAUCAGUUGAUUACAAUCGAUCGAUCGGUGAUCGGAUUUCAUUCGCCUGGCUAUCCCAAUGGCUACGAGCAGGAUCUCAAUUGCUUCUGGACUUUGGUGCCCUCGAAUCCGGCUAUGCAUGCCGUACUCACACUGUCCCAAAUCGAUCUGGAGAUAUUUAGCGAAGAUUGCAUUGCUGACUAUGUUAAGAUUUUUAGUGGGAGCGAUCUGCAGAACUGGUCGGAGCUAAGAACGUUGUGCUCCCUGCCCACGGAGUCGAGUGACCGAGUCUUUCAUGGAAGGCCCUAUCUCAGGGUGGAAUUCGUGACGGAUCCAAGUGUGAAUAAGACGGGAUUCAAUGGCAUUGUGCGCACGGCCUGCGGUUCGGAAAUCACUGCCUCCAAGGGACUGGUUAACAUUACGGAGAUCCUGAAGGUCCUUCCGCGGCCAAACCACGAUUGUGUGUGGACCAUAAAAGUGCGCCAGGGCCGUAGAAUCAAGAUCGACUUCCCCGACUUCCAGUUGCAGAACAACAUGGCCUCCGGAUCGAGUGAUUGCCGAAAUUAUCUUCUACUCCGCAAUGGAAACGAUGAAGAUUCGCCCUUCUUGGGACGUGGCAAGUACUGUGAGGAUGUCGUGCACGAGGUCCUGAACACCUCCUCGAAUAAGGCCUAUAUAAAGUUCCACUUUGCGAGUCCACCCCGCUUCCUGGUGUCCUUCCGCUUCGAGGAACUGCGUUACACCGACUCUGGCCGUAUCCGAUUGUCCGCCUCCGGAGAUGAGCAGUUCAUUAGCUCACCGUAUUACCCACAUCUUCCGCAUCCCCAUUCCGAGUGCAUUUGGAUCGUUGAAGCACCACCAGAACACCGCAUAAUGCUGCACUUUCAAGGCGCAUUCGAUAUGUUGGACGCCACCGGGGAACCGGAGGAGUGCCAACGGGAAUUUGUUUUGAUCAACGAUGGCAGUACGGAGCUAAGACCGGAGAUCGGUCGCUAUUGUGGCAAUCGUAAGCCGGAUACGAUCUACUCCACCGGUAACCAGAUGAGGAUUCGCUACUUCACCGAUGUCUCGGAGCCACAUAUGGGCUUCAAUGCCAGUUUGAGUGUGGCCCGAUGCGGAGGCUCCUUCCAUAGUCCCGAGGGCGUGAUAGCCUCGCCGUCGAGGGACCUCCUGUUGAUUCACGAGGAAGGCAAGCAGCUGCAGGAAUGCGUUUACACCAUCGAACUGGAGAAGGGCAGCACCAUCGAUCUGACUAGCGAAUAUCUGCAGAUACCCACGUUGCGGAAUGGUAGCUGCUCGCAGCGAAAUCACUUGAUGCUCGAAGAGAUGGAUGCCUUUGGAUUGGACGGUGAGGAGAAGAUCGUGGACACCCUAAUGCUCUGCGGUAUGGAAGCCAAGCACCUGAUAAGUGAGACGAACAAGAUCGUGUUCCGAUAUCGCUUCCUGGAUGGCAUUCCGGCGGAGAAUCAGGGCUUCCGUUUAAAGUACACCUCGCUGGGCUCACGAUGCGGCGAGACCAUCUACGCAUCCGUGGGAGUUCUCCAAACACCCGGUUAUCCCUUAGGCGUACCCCAUCCCAUGCACUGCAAGUGGCAGGUGCAAGUGCCCAAGGGCAGAAGGGUGCGUCUGGAGAUUCUCGACUUUAACACCGGCACGAAUAUGGAUCUCAGAGGAAGGCUUGGAUUCCGUGGCCGCCUUACCGUGGCCAACGAUUUCAAAAUGCAAUCCAUCCUGGGUCGCUACAACGUCGAUCCUCCUGCGGAGGUGCUUUCCUCGGACAAUACAAUGGGCAUCGAUGCCUUCCUACUGCCCAUUGUUCAGAAUCAUGGAAUCAAGCUGCGGUUCAGUGCCUAUGGCUCCAGUAGCUGUCCGGGAUUCACGGUAAUGAUGAAUGAGGUCGCAGAUAUUCAGUUCCAGCGGUUCAAUAUCAGCCGUCCGCUUCACUGCAGCUAUAAAGUCGUUCCACCGUCCAAUAGUACCCUCCUGAUUCGGGUGAAAGAGUACAACACCACGUCCGUAAUGAUGUGGAAUACACAUAUGUGCGCAUUGCUCUCGCCGCUUAAGUUUAACCGCUUGGAGCAGGAGGAGGAGCUCAUGGAGCGCAUUCUCUGCGAUUACCAGUCACCCGCUCCUGGCAAGCCCCUGCCCUCCAUCCGGUUGCCUUUCCCCAUUCAACUGGUCGUCUCGGCAUCCGCCCGCAACGCAAUGACCAAUCUCGUCCUGAGCUAUAGCACACAGUCGUGCGGCGGAGUCAUUAUCCUGGAACCGGGUGAUAAUAUGACGGUGCACCAGCCAUCGGGAAUGGUGUCGGCGGCGGGCGCCAUUGACUGUGCCUGGGCCAUUGGACCCUAUACGGAUGCCAGUGGCGAGGACGAGGUCCUGGUGCCGCAGGACAUUCAGCUGGAGGUGUCGGUAUAUAACGUCAACCUGCCAGCACCGAGCCCGUCCGCACAAUCUCCGGAAGCCCCAUGCCUGCAUCACUAUCUUAAGGUAUACAAUGGACCCGAUCAGAACUCACCAUCGUUGGGACUGUUUUGCAAUCAGGCCACAGCUGUGAACAUGGUGGUGGAGCGAGGUCUCUUCCUGGAAUAUCACUCCGAUAGUUUCUCAGCCAAUGCCACCUUCAAUGUGUCCAUCAAGUAUGGAUCUGGAUGCGGUGGCAAGUUGGUAUAUCCCUAUAGAGCCAUCGACUUUGCCGAGCAAUACAAGAACAAUGUGGAGUGCAUCUGGGAGGUCGAGGCGACAAUGGGCUACCACAUCGGUCUAACAUUCCAAGGACGCUUUUAUAUCGAGGAUAGCCCCGGUUGCACAAAGGAUUACCUGCUCGUCCAGCAGCGCAACGAGACCACUGGCAAUUGGACCGACCUGCAGAGGAUUUGCGGUCGUGUUGCGCCGGAGAUGAUAAACACAACUUCACCGUAUCUCCGGCUAAUCUUCCGAUCCGAUGGCGAUGUGGUGGCCGAUGGUUUUUUGGCCAAAUUCGAAAGGAAUUGCGGUGGCCUGCUGUACGCCGACAGCACGGAACAGGAGCUGGCCAGUCCGGGCUUUCCGAAUGGCUAUGAAAAGUACUUGCAAUGUAAUUGGACGAUAGUGCCCAGGAGUCCAUCGAUGGGCGGUGUCCUGGUCAGCUUUGUCAAUUUCGAUCUGGAACAGGGACCCAUAUCCGUUUGCCUCUACGACAAUCUCACGGUGACCACAAAGGACAAGGGCAAGGAUCCGCAACAGACCACUCUCUGCGGCGUAAAGCAUAACCACGAGUAUCGGGGCAAGGAAUAUGUUAAUCUACUGCUCCGAACGGAUGGCAGUUAUUCCGGUCGCGGAUUCACAUUACUCUAUACCAGCCGCCUUUGCGGUGGAAUUAUCUCGCGAACAUCAAUGGUGGAAUCACCCGUACAGCAUACGGAUAACACCCUGCCACCUGGCAGUGAUUGCUAUUGGAAUCUAACCGCCCCGGCUGGUUACAAGUUCAACAUUAAGUUCCUAUUCAUUGACUUUGAGGCGAAUAGCAAUUGUGCCUACGAUGGCGUCGAGGUAUUCUCCGGACCCAUCCCGGACGAGCGAUACCGAUGGGGACGCUUCUGCGGUCGCAUUAACGAGGAUCUGCCACUGAUCAGUAUUCCCCAAGAGCGGGGCAUCAUACACAGCUUCUCGGAUGAUCGGGAUCCAUCGAGGGGAUUCCGUGCCUUGGUGCGCGUAAUGCCAAAUUGCGAUGAGAAGAUCUCGCUGAACGGAUCGUCGCGUUAUGUCUAUAGCAAAUUUAACAACGCUGGCGGUUAUCAAAACGAUUUGGACUGUCAAAUAGUAUUCCGGGUGAAUCCUGAUCAGCAGAUAAGCGUGGAGUUCAGUAAUUUCCAUGUCCAAGACACGGACGGAUGCCGCAGUGAUUAUGUGGAGUUGCGCGAUGGUGGCGGAACCUUUGCCGACAUUAUCGGACGUUUUUGUGGCCAGAAUCAACCGCCCACCUUGAGAACAACCAGGCAUACGCUCUAUAUGCGCUUUGUCACCGAUAAUAAGGUGACGGAUACGGGUUUCCAGGUGACCAUCAAUGCUAUUCCCCGACUAUGCGGCAGUUCAGAGAUUACGUUGAGUGCGGAUGGCACCAAGGAGGUCACCAUUAAUUCUCCGGCAAGGACGCCAGGUGGCAAUUAUCCCAAUGGAGUGUCGUGCUUCUGGAAAAUUAAGGGCGAUUCCCUGCUGAGGGUGCAGUUCGUCAACUUUGAUCUCCACGGACCGAAUCAAAAUGGUAGCUGCGUGGAUGACUAUUUGAAAAUCUACAAUAGUGAGGAUGCACCGCUGUUGGAGCAGGGAUUGGGCACCGACCUGGUAUUCAAUGGCCAGACCUCCAGUAAGAACGGUUUCGGCUUUGCCACGGAGCAUGUGUACUGCGGCAAUGUGAAGCCGGACAUCUAUUAUGGCCGGUCCAGCGAGGUGUAUCUGAAGUUCCGGUCAAAGGGAUUGGAGCAGCAUGGUGGAUUUCAGUUACAGGUCGCUCUGAACUCCAACCGAGAGCGCCACUACGAUGGACUGCAGGGCAGAGUGCAUUUAUCACAGUCGGCCGAUUGUAACAUCAUUAUUCGGGCGCCACCAAAUUACACCUUAAGUUUGUACUACACCGAAUUGAUAUUCGGCACCUACGACUGCGAAAUGGAGAAUUUGGAGGUGUUCGACAGGACGAAUCGAUCGCUGCAGCGCGUCUGCUCCUUUGUGGACAUGGGCAAGAGCCUGUUCAGCAAUGCGAAUGAACUGCGGCUACAGAUGAAGACUGGCUCGUACUUGACCUCGCUGGAUCUCACCUAUUUGGCCAGUCCGGUGGAGAAGGGUCCUGGUUGCGGUGGUCAAUUCUACAAUACCGAGGGCAUAUUCUCAAAUCCCUUCUAUCCGAACAAUGUGCGCAAUAACUCAGAGUGUCAGUGGAUUGUCCGCGUGCCGAGCAACAAUGUUGUGUUCCUUACAUUUGAAGUCUUCAAUCUGGGCUCGAAGACCACCUGUCACACGGACUACCUGCAAAUCCUGGAACAGGACGCAACCGGUGAGGAGCGCGAAAUGAGACGCUUCUGUGGCGAGGAUAACCCAAAGUACUACAAGAGCCGGCGCAGCCAGGUGCUCGUCCGCUUUCACAAGACCGUCAACUACGAUGGUAUCGGUUGGGUGAUCCGCUUUGCCGGUGUCUACUCCGACCAUCAGAUACCCAGACACCUGUUGGGCGGUUCUUAACCGCUUGAUUUCUUCUUCAGCCGCAAUCUGUAUUAAGAAGCUUAAAAUUCCUACAAUUAAAUCAUUUCUAUUGCAAUAAAUACAUCUAAAUAAAGG